UGAUUUUUUUUAUUGUGAUCUUGAUAAUAGGAAGUAUUUCUGACAAGACAGACAGUCACAUCUGUACAGAGCAGGCAGAGCUAUGAGAACACAAAACAAAGCAUGAGGAACAGAUAAAAUGGAGGCAGAGGACAAAGACAACACAGCAGCUGGAGGAGAGCCUGAAGUCAACUCUGUAACUUCUGUGGCAAAUGACAAAGCCUGCACUGCAGUUGAGGGGUUAGAGGAGAGUGCAGCUGUAACCAAGUUUGGUCCAGUGAAUGAACCCAGUGAAGCUGAACACUCAGACAGCAACAAUGAAGGAACAACAAUAGAAGAGUCUGAAAUCACAUUUGAAGCACCAACUGCAUCAGAUACGAAAGGUUUUGACCAUUCAGCAGAGGAGGUUGAUGAUGUUAAAGAGGUCCAUAAUGAAAGCAGCAGUGACAUUAGUGAGCCAACUGCAGUGGAGAGCGAGAGUGUUGCAAGAGGAAUCAAAGAAUUGACACCUGAGCUCACACUUGUGUUAGUUGGUGACACAAAUUCCAUUGAGAUUGGAUCAAAAAACAUCUUAUUUGACAGUAUGAUGGAUGAAAAUGAGGUAACAGCAUUAAUGAAAAAAACAGAUGUCAUGGUCUGUGAAAACGAUCCACACUGCUAUAGUGGACUGGUGUGUGAUGACAAUAAAGAACAGAAAGACCUGCUGGACCACAAAUCUCAGGAAGAAGAAAGGAUUGAUUCCUCUGUGUCUCAGCAAAAUCAAACAGCAGAUGAGUUGGAGAAGAAUACAUCUGAAAUCAAGCUGAAGUGUGAUCCAGCAAAUGAACCAGGUGAUGUUGAACACUCAGAGAAGAAUGAUGAAAGCACAACAUCAGGUGGGGAGCCCGACGUCAAGCCUGUGAUAACAUCUGCGACAAAUGAGAAAGGUAUCUUACAUACGGAUGUGGAUGGAAACAAGGAUGAGAAGUCAGAAAAGAUUUUUGAAGAGAUCAACAGGAAGGAGCAAUAUCAACAAGAAAGUGAAACACUGCUCAGCAGACUUCACCUUCAAGAAAAAUAUCAUCAGAAAUUGACACCAGCAGAUUUUCUUAGAAUAAGUCGACCUGUAAAACAGCACCAUGACACGUCCGCAAAAGAUCUAGCUAACACUUUUCUUCAGAGGCUGAUGAUGUUAGAUUACAGAGCCAGAUAUAUUCCUGUAAAACAAGACAGUCCUGAGGUGAGCCACUUGAAGCCUGUUCCACAGAACUCAGAAACAGACAAUGAUGACUUUGAUGCUCUUUUUACUGCCAAAAUAGACUCGGAUCAGACAAAACAGUCUCAUGUGCAUCCAAUGGAUGUUCAAAUGGCAGUAUUUCACUGCUCAGACAGCUCUCUUAAGCAGAACAUGAUUACAAAGCUAUCACAGUGUCAGUACGCCUUACCUUUGCUUGUUCCUGACCCAGUCACAAUGGAUGUUGAGUGUCCUCUGUGGACAUUCAGACAAAUAAGGAAAAGCUGGAAGAUAACUCAAACCAAAGAUGAUUCAAACACUGUCACCAUGAAGAGUAUGCCCAUCUGCAAAGCUGAGACACCCAUGGUGUCAUUUUUCCGUCUUGGUACGCUAUCACUGUCUAAAUCUCAGCUGAUGAACACUUUGAUCAACGACCGUCACAGCACCUUCUUCCAUAGAAACUGUCCAGGAAGCACCAAAUCUCGCCAUUUGUUGGACGGUGUGGCAGAGAUUGCAUGGUACUGCCCUGCUGGAAAACCCAAUGAUGCCUUCACUGACUGCAUUGCCUUCUGUAAUCUUCAUGGUGAUGCUCUGAUGAUUGAAAAACAGCGAAAAAUACUGACAGAAAAAUCUUCGGUCAAUGUUGUUCUGUUGCCAACUCUGGAGAAAAGUGACCAAAGUUGGACAGUUAUCUCAGCCCUUCUCAAGUCUCCAAAACCUCUCAUUUGUCUCAUUGUUGAUAAUGAUUGUGGUGCAGCUGAGAUGAAAGAGGGAAAAUACAAAAUGGGUCUGAAAGACAGAAGCUGGUCAGAUGUUUCUGAAGAACUGAGAGGAAUCAUUGGAAAAAUUUUGUCUGGACCACAUAAAUCCUUCCAGCUAGAAACCAUGGCUGAGGUCUCUGGAAUCAGAGUGGAUGAAGAUGACACAGUCUGCCAAGAAGGAAAAUGUGCUGCUAUGAAAAUAGUGAAUUUACUUGAAGAGAUGGAUGUUUCAAAGAUCAAAGAUGAAUAUCUGCCUUGUCAAGGCCAACUGUGGCAUGACUGGUGCAAAAUAAACAAGGAACAGUAUCACCUCAAAGGGAACAUUGAGAAGGAGAAAUGUAAAAAACAACAGGAACUGGGGAGAAUACGUCAAGAACAACGUGCUGCUUCAUGUAGUGAACUGAUGAAGUUGUUCACUGAAAGCCUCUCGUCUCUGCCAUCAGAGGAGAGAGAGUAUUUCCUGAAAUGGAUUCAGAUCUUACUAGAUGCACUUUCAACAGAUGAUCUGUCUUCAAUUCUCCAAAAAUAUGAUGAAAAAUGGUCUGAAGUCUUGGAUUUGAAGAAGAAACAUGACAAAUCUGAUCAGCUAAUAAGCAAGCAAACUGAGCUUGAGAAAAUAUCAGCAAAACUGCAGUCAGCUACUUUUGGCUUAGAGCACAUCUUUAGAGAAAUUGGACAGAUCUAUGAAGCCCAUAAAUCUCUGCAGGAACAAACAAAGAUGGAAGAAACUGACUGGUCUAAAUACCCUGAGCUGGCUGCAGAGCUGAUGAUAUCAGGACACCCAAUGGAGCUGAUGGAUGGUGAUGCAGGUCAUGUGCCUUUAACAUGGAUCUCUAGUCUUUUAGAUGAAGUCAUCAAGAAACUGGGAGAUCAGAGAGUUUUUGUUUUGUCAGUUUUGGGUGUACAAAGCAGUGGAAAAUCAACCAUGCUCAAUGCCAUGUUUGGAUUACAGUUUGCAGUAAGUGCUGGCAGGUGCACCAAGGGUGCCUUCAUGCAGCUGGUCAAAGUGUCAGAGGAGAUGAAGAAAGACUUUCAGUUUGACUAUGUUCUAGUGGUGGACACUGAAGGACUGCGUGCUCUUGAGUUGGCAGGUAACGCCACUCUUCACCACGACAAUGAACUGGCGACAUUUGUCGUUGGUCUGGGAAACAUGACAUUGAUCAACAUCUUUGGAGAGAAUCCAGCUGAAAUGCAAGAUGUCCUGCAGAUUGUUGUUCAGGCUUUCAUGAGGAUGAAGAGAGUUAAACUUUCUCCAAGUUGUGUGUUUGUUCACCAGAAUGUUACAGAUAUUGCAGCUGCAGAGAAAAACAUGGAUGGAAAGAGACGACUGCAAGAAAAAUUGGACCAGAUGACUAAACUAGCUGCCAAAGAGGAGGUUUGUGAUGCUGAGUGCUUCAAUGAUGUCAUCGCAUUUGAUGUGCAAAAAGAUGUGAAAUACUUUGCCCAACUCUGGGAGGGAAGUCCACCAAUGGCUCCUCCAAAUCCGGGUUAUAGUGAGAGCAUCCAGGAUUUAAAGAACAUCAUCCUCUCUAAAGCUUCACAGUCUAAAGGGACGACUCUUUCACAGUUCAAAAGCAACAUAAAGGACCUGUGGAAUGCUCUUCUGAAAGAAAACUUUGUUUUCAGCUUCAAAAACACACUUGAAAUUGCAGUGUACAGAAAACUUGAGGUCCAGUAUGGGAACUGGACCUGGGCCCUGAGGAGCAACAUGUUGACCAUUGAGAACCAGCUUUAUAACAGAAUUGAAAAUGGAAAACUUGACAAAGUUGACCUUGGUUAUCUUUUUAAAGAAAUGAGCGAAACAUAUGAAGAAAUCAAAAAAUAUAUGAAGGUGUACUUUGAUGAUGACAGAGACAAAGAAAUGUUGGUUCAGUGGCGAGGCCGAUUUGAAACCAAAAUCAAAGAGUUUCAUGAUGAUCAGGUGAGAGGAGUUAAAAGAAAACUGGAUGAAGUCAUCCAGCAGAAGAAUGCUUGUAAAAAGCUAGAUGACAAGAAGACAGAGUUUGAAAAGAUGCUGCUACAAAAGAGCAAAGAACUCGCUCAUGAGUUAAAAGACAAGGCCAAAGAUGAAGAGGAACUUGAAAAACAGUUUGACUCUGUUUGGAGUGGCUGGAUUACUGAAUUAACUGGAGACACUAAACCUAUUGAGGACAUCAACCUGGAACAAGAACAAAUGUCCAUCCUGCAGGAGCUUGGUAUUGAAUGGUCUCUUAUCGAUGAUUCAAAGAGUUGUGAGAGCUACAAAGACAUAUCAAUGAUUGGGGAUUAUUUUGACUAUGUUACCCUGAACAAGCACCAAGACCUCUGCAACAAAAGCCAACAAUCCGAAGACAGUAGGAGGGAAAACAGGAACACAAAAGGGCAAGGAAUAUUGACAACUACCUGGGUGUCUGUUAAAAAAUUAUUUGGAUUUGGGUCAAUACGACAAAAAGAAGCACUUAAACCAAGAGGAGAUUUUCCAUAUGAAGAACAAAUGCUGAUCAGAUCCCUCAUUGAAGAUGUUGAACAACAGUCCCUUCAUGCAAUUAAGAGCAAACCUGUAGCUACACGAGGCUACAGUCCAACUUACUUGCAAGAGGUGGCCAAAAAUGUCAAAGAAAAAGUGACGGAAUUUGAAUCAAACAGGAAAUAUGCCCUAAAGAAGGAGUUUACAAUUGAUCUCUUACUGUAUGUGUUUGACAUGGCAGGGAAUUGGAUUUCAGAGUCCCACAACAAAUUCAAAAUGAACAAUGAUGCUGUAACUUUUGUGAAAAGCAAAAAAAUACAAUAUUACAACAUCUUCAAAAGCUUCUGCAAAGGAAACUCAUCUGCUGUUGUGCUUGGAGAAAUGAUCUGUGAAAAACUGAAGGUUUCCACUGUUGAAGCUGUCUGUAACAAAACUGCCAUUGAUCUCGCUGGAGAGAUGAGGUGCAGUGUCCCAGCAUUCAAUGGGAACAGGUUAAACUUGGAGAAAUAUGUGUUGAAGUCACUGGCAGAGAAAGAAGACUUUGAUAGUUACAUCAACUACAUCCGACGUCCAAGGAACCAAGCAGAAAAUUUCAUAGGAAAGGAAGUAAAGAAAUACAUCUUCAGAAAACACAAAGAUAAAGCACUGAAUAUACUCAAGAAAAAUGUUGACGACAUCAAUAAACUUGUGAGUCAAGCUUUGUUCACUGCAACAGAGAAAGUCAAAGCUCAGAGAGGAGACACAGACAUGUGGCUGAAGAAAUUUUCCAGUUUGCUUAAUGAUGAGCUAACAUUCAACACCAUUUGUGCUCAAAAUUUCAGUGACAUAAACAAAUUUGACUUUCUUAAAGAAGAGAUAGAGAAAGGACUUGCAUCCAUCAUUGACGAGAUGAGCAGCGUCUCAUUGGGUAAGAUGAAAGAAUUCAGGCUGAAGCCAGAUCAAAUCCUCAUCGAUCAGCUGUGUAACUGCUGUUGGGUAACGUGUCCAUUCUGUGCAGCUGUCUGUACCAACACCCUGGAAAAUCACAGUCCUGACGAUCACAGCGUGCCUUUCCAUCGACCCUCUGCAAUCAAAGGAUGGCACUAUAGAGGCACAGUGGAGAUGUGCAUCAAUUUCUGCACAACAGAAGUUGCAAGUGAUCACAGUUUUUACCCUCAUCAUGAUUCAGAAAAGACCAUUCCCUUUAAACUGUACCGAACUGGUGGCCCAGAAUAUGCUAACUGGAGAAUUACCGCUGAUGAGUCUAAGCUGACAUAUUGGAAAUGGUUUGUAUGUCGAUUUCAAAAGCAGCUGGAAGACCACUAUAACUUAAAAUUCCAGGGCUUUGGUGAAAUUCCCGAAGAGUGGAGAAGGCACUCUAAAAAAGAAGCUAUUAAAAGUCUGGAUGAAAUGUGUGAGUGAGCCAACACAACUACAACAAUGGGUUAAAGGGAAAAUGUGACAAGACAAAGCUUCCUAUUGCAUUAUUGUUUUAUAGGAUGCACAAACAUUGUCAGAAACAAUGUACAUAUUACUGAAGUAUAAAAAUCUCACCAAGGUGUCAUGAUUGACACAACCAUUUUCAUUUAUGUAUUUCAGCUUUUUUGUUUUAUAUUUUGUUUAUUGGUUAUAUGCUGAUAUGUGCCUAAAUCCUAAAAUGGAUAUCUUGGUUUUUUGUUUAAUCAUUCUUUUUUUUUUUUUUAAAUAUUCAUGAACUUUGUUUGUUACAGUUGUUUCCAGGAGCAAAGAAAUGUGCAAAACAUUUGAGCUGAAACAUAAUGAAUUAUGAUCAUGGACAUAUUUUACCUUUGUUAUUAUGUUGAACUCAUCAGAUAGCUCUUGCAACAUCCAAAACAUUAUCAUCGCUGUAUAUUCAUUUUCAAUUUGCAUAUUUUAAUAGAUUUAGAGGGGUUGAGAGAGAAUUGAUGAAACUGUUAUAUAUUACAACAAAAUACAGAAGUUCAAUCAAUAUAGAGUUGUCAGACAGGACAGGAUGGAAGCCACAUUUUUUCUUAUACACAUACGUAUCUAAAUAUUACAUCUGAAAUAAUGUCAAACAAAUAUUAUCUUCUGUUUUUUGUUUUUGUUGUAACUUUCUUUUAAGUUUAAUGUUUUAUUUUAAAGAACAUUUCAAACAUAAUUGAUGAAGGAUGCUUUAUGUUUCCAAAAUAUUUGAAGUGUUCAAUUUAAAUUGUUCUAUGUUAUGUUAAUUCAUUUUAACCAAUCUGCUAUUGUAUCCACGUAUGAAUGAGUUUUGUUGUUUUUCUGCUCUGUCUUCUGCUCUGUCCUAAAUAUGAUGACAUCCACAAUUAAUGUUGUGUUUGUGAGGAAAAUCUUUUUAAAUGACUAUUCAGUGACAACACAUGUUGAAUUUAACUCAUGAUAAAAAUAAAUGCUUCAUAUUUACUGAAAUAACAUGUUUCUUUUGAUUGGUGUUUUUCAAAUGACAAAGACUCAAUAAACACAUGUAAGUACUCA